UAAUCCUGACGGUAUCACAACCCCCUUUCAGCAUGAAAUUAUAAGAUUGUGAUUCAAGCAGGCCCAAAAGAUGUACAAUUGAAUUCGAUAAUAAUUGUUGCCCUGUGGACAUGAAACAUACUGAAGCAUUAUAUUUUUGCAAAUCUUACAAACCAUCCAUCUCUGUAUCCAUCCCUAUUGUUAGGUUCUUUUUUCAUACAAAAUAUGAUUACAGAAGCAUGCUUCCAAGCUUUCUUUUAUUGCUAGAUAUGAUAAAAGCUAGUUGGGUUGUUUUUCUCGAGUCCCAUUUUCAAUUGUUCAAAUAUACACUCAACCAUCUGAUCUUACAGGCGCCUUUUGCUUUAAGCAGAAAUAUAAUUGACAGUGACCUUUGUUUUGGUUUUAUAAACAUUUACUUGCAAAAGGAAAAGAGCCAUUUUCACGUAAUGGUAAUAUGCCUCUACUUGCAAGAAAAGCAUCUCGAUAACUCUCUAUUUGUCAAAAUCCCCUCUCCAUUCUUUUCUUGCAACUUCUGAAACCACAUUCAAGUGUUGUGUGGUCUAAUAAAUGGAUCAAAGAGAGCACCAGCUUCAAACCCUUGGAAUUUGCAACAGGCUCUACAAUUUCAUCAUGCGAGCCCUAACAACUCAGGCCUUAAAGACUGUCACAUUAGGCCAUCCUGUGCAAAAAAAUUUACUCAAAGCAAACGAUGGAGCUGCCUGUGAGAGUGAUCAAUUGGCAAACCAAAGGGUUCCAGAACAAACACCAUGUGAAAAUGUAGAGCAAGCAUAUAAUGUAAAUGAUUCAGACCCUUUUGUUCCCCUUAGCUCUCCUAGCAAUGGUUUCAAGCAAUAUGGCAGGAAGCUGCUCGAAGUUGAAGAGAAUGAUGCUAAAAUCAAUGAAGAGAAAAUUGAUUCUUAUGUCAGUCCAGGAGAGAGACCAGAACAGGAAGCACCAUUGCCUUCACUUGAAGCAAUACCUCCAAAGAAAGCUGUUGGCACAAAUGACAGAGUACAGGAGAUAGAAACAAAUAAGAAAGAUGACAAGGAAGAAAUCAGAAGAAAAUUUGAUUUCAUUUGAGGAAGAAGAAGAAGGGCUACUGUUGCUUUCAUGCAACAGGCUAAGCUUCUUGUUGCUUUAUGUUCUAUGCUGAAGUUAUUAAACAGCAAAUUGUUCUUAAAUUUCAGAAAAUUAAAAAAAAAAAUGUUAUAUUUCUUUAAGAAUUGAGAGUUUCUUAUCUGCUCUAAUAAUUUUUAAUUGACUGACUUGAGGCAAUAAUCUCAGGCAUCAAAAUGGGUUAUUUUUAUACUUAUAUUAUUUGGUGGUUUUGAAGUUCUAGGGGAAAU